UACACACUGCGAUGAUGGUGAUGAUGAUGCCUGCAAUCUCCAACAGCAAACAACUUCAACAAUUCCCCUCUCUCUCCCCCUCUCUCUCAUCACUCUUCUCUUUCACUCUCUCUUUCCUCCCUUCUCUCCCCAUAUCCAUGGCAGAAUUUCCUCUUCUUCUCAUCUCUCCUUCUCUUUCUCAUCCCCACCGAUUAUAGUAACACCCCAUGAAAGGUAGAGCCACUGCGUAGGCAUGGAGAAGAAUUGUGGGUGCUGGGCUGUUCUUAAACGCGGUGUUAGAGGUUCCUGCAAGUCCUCUGCUUCUAGGGAUUCUGUUAACACUAUUCCUCGGACCAGUCUCGUUUAUGAUGCUGCCACUGAGACGCGAUAUCUAAACGCAAGUAACCGGGAGCUCUAUGCUCCGAAUGAAGCUCAGCUCUCUUCCGAUAAUCCCAAUCCAUCAGCAACUGAAAACAAAGAUGUGUGCCAGCUGCUACAAUUUACUUUCCAGGAGCUAAAGUCUGCAACAGGAAACUUCAGGCCGGAUAGUAUUCUUGGGGAAGGUGGAUUUGGAUAUGUCUUCAAAGGAUGGAUAGAGGAGAAUGGGACAGCACCUGCAAAACCUGGGUCAGGGAUUACAGUGGCUGUCAAAAGUUUGAAGCCAGAUGGUCUUCAAGGCCAUAGAGAAUGGGUGGCUGAGGUAGGCUUCCUUGGACAGCUUCACCACCCUAAUCUUGUUAAACUUAUUGGGUACUGCAUUGAAGAUGAUCAGCGACUGCUUGUUUAUGAAUUUAUGACCCGUGGAAGCCUUGAAAAUCACCUUUUCAGAAGGACCAUACCUCUUCCAUGGUCCAACAGGAUUAAGAUUGCACUUGGUGCAGCAAAAGGGCUGGCCUUUCUCCACGAGGGUCCUGAACCUGUUAUUUACAGGGACUUCAAGACGUCCAACAUUUUACUUGAUUCGGAAUAUAAUGCAAAGCUUUCAGAUUUCGGUCUGGCAAAAGCUGGCCCUCAGGAAGGUGACACACAUGUUUCAACAAGGGUUGUUGGAACAUAUGGCUAUGCUGCUCCCGAAUAUGUGAGGACAGGACACUUGACAUCUAAGAGCGAUGUUUACAGCUUUGGGGUUGUGCUACUUGAGAUUUUAACUGGUAGAAGAUCAAUGGACAAGAAACGCCCUCGCGGAGAACAGAAUCUUGUUGCAUGGGCUAGGCCUUAUUUGGCUGACAAGCGAAAGCUUUACCAAAUAGUUGAUCCCCGCCUGGAACUGAAUUACUCCCUUAAAGGGGUGCAGAAAGUCUCUCAGUUAGCUUACAACUGCCUCAGUGCGGACCCCAAAUCCCGCCCUUGCAUGGAUGAAGUUGUAAAGGUUCUCACUCCGUUGCAAGACCUCAACGACCUUGCCAUCCUAUCUUAUCACUCCCGCUUAUCUCAGCAAGGGCGACGCAAGAAGAAACCGGAUGGAACUCCACAGGUCACCUACAACCAGUCCAAAAGCAUGAGAGGCUCUCCAUUGAACACUGGUAAGCAGCAUUGUAGAUAAUGGGUAGUCAAUUCCUGGCCCAAAUUUCAGUUGAAACAAAUGUUGAGAUGCCACCUCUAUAGAAAUGGGUUGUGUGAAGACAAUAUUUCAAGUUUUUGGUAUAAUUUUUUGGGUGUUUGAGAUUCGCCAAAAGGAAAAUGGAAGAGGAAACGUGCAUCAUUUUCCUUUUCUUUAAUAGAGUUGAGAGCUAACUGUUAUUGUGGAUCAAUCGUUGCCAUUUUCCAGUGCUGUAACUGAGAUAUAUCAUUGUAAUUAGAUAAGUCCUUGCAUUUCCAAGAUUGUUAUUUGCAGCUUCUUUAA